CGAUUGGCUGCUGCAAUUGGCUGCUGCACUCAGCGCCAGUCUCCAGCAACCCUGGGUGAGCUAGGGUCUCCCGGAAGUCCUGGCGCCGAAGGAUCCUAUCCGAGCCUCUUUCCUGGGAAAAAGAAAUGGAAGCCUUGACUGAUGCUACAUUACUUGCAACUAAAAUUAAAACCACACUGUGCCAGUACCAUAGUAUUGAAGAUAAUAAGUGGAGAAUUGCUAAGAAAACAAAAGAUAUAACAGUUUGGCGGAAGCCAUCAGAUGAAUUCAAUGGAUAUCUCUACAAAGUGCAAGGUGUUAUAGAAGAUGUAGCUAAUAACAUUAUAGAUUGCAUACGCCCAGGACCUCGUCGCCUAGACUGGGACAGCUUAAUGACUUCCAUGGACAUUGUUGAGCAGUUUGAAGAGAAUUGCUGUGUGAUGCGUUACACAACUGCUGGGCAGCUAUGGAACCUCAUUGCACCAAGAGAAUUUGUUGAUUUCUCUUAUACCACACAAUAUGAAGAAGGGCUUUUGUCAUGUGGUAUAAGUAUCCACUAUGAAGAAAUGAGACCAGAUUUUGUCCGUGGAUAUAAUCACCCCUGUGGUUGGUUUUGUGUUCCACUUCAAGACAAUCUUGCUAAAAGUCUUUUGACAGGCUAUGUUCAGACAGAUCUUCGAGGGAUGCUUCCUCAGUCUGCAGUAGAUACAGCUAUGGCUAGCACCCUGGUAAACUUUGUUGGCGAUCUCAGAAAAACUCUGAAGACCUAAAUGGAUGUGAACCAAAAUACCAUGAACUCUUGUCAUCCAUCAUUCCUCUUUCCUGUAUCAUAUUGUAAAAACCUCAGGCUAGGUUAGAACUUUAUUGUUCUAGAGUGUAAUGCUUCUUUUAUUCCUGAUGCCUUUAAAUAUGGCUAUAGUAGAUUUGGAACUACUGUACUGCUUAAAAACACAAAAAAAUGGAUUUCAUCUUCUUAAGAGCUGAUUAGUAUCUCAAUGUGAAUAUAUAUUGUCUUCAUAGGAAUUAUCAGAAGCACCAACUUUAUGUUGUUAGGAUAGCAUACAAAAUAAUUUCCUAUUGGGUCCUAUGUAUAUUCAAAAUAAUUUUCUGAUCUUAUUGUUAAGUUUAUCUGUUAAAUUUUUUUUCUAUAUUCAGUCUGUUGCUUUGAGAUUGAUUUAGACUUAGAUGAAUUAGAGGAAACAAUAGUUUUUUCUAAUUCUUUUUCAAAAGGUCUCCUUUACUGUUAGUUAAUGUGGCAGUUAAAUAUUGAAAUGAAGAAAUAUAAGAGGUUUUCUACAACCCACAGUUGAUACAGAUUUCAGUUGUUAGAACUGAAAUAUGUCAAUAGCCAACCAUCAUUCUUUAGUUAAGUAGCUAAUGUGCACUGACUUGAAACCUCUUUAGAAAUAUUUGAGGGUGUUUAUAGGUGGAAUUGGGCAAAGGUAGAAACUAUGUGUGAGUUACAGCAAAAAUAUUGUGUGAAUUUAGCAAUAGAUUUUGCAGGAGUCCACACCGAAGCGGAUCACUGGUAAUGUCUGACAAAAAAAUUCUGGAGAAUUGCUUACAAAGAAAAGCAAAUCAGAGGUAUACUUUGUUUUAUUUUUGGAAAUAAAACACUCAACUUGUGGAAUAUUAUAAUUGUGAAUAAAUUAUGGCAUAACCUAAGCCAUAGCUAGCACAUAUGCCUAACAGGUGGUCAUGUGAAAAAUUGUAACUUGAAUAACCCAAAUGGGGAAGUGUUCUAAUUCCACAGAUGUGGUCAAUUAAGGGUUCAUUCUAGGUGAUUUACUAUGUACUUAUAAGAAAAGAACUGAGAAGUGGAUGAUAGUUUAAAUGUGAAAUGUAUUGAAUGCAGAUGAGUUCCAAGACAGUAAUAUGCUAUCCAUGAAUGUGUUAUAGUAUGUAUAAGUAACAUACUAAAUAUAAUGUAAAAACAUUUUAAAAUGUAGCUUUGCUUCCCCUACCUAUGACAGUAAACUGAAAGUAUAUUUAAUUCUUGAAAAUAUCUUGGGUCAUACAUACCCCACUGAUUCAAGCCAUGGAAGUAUCAAGUAAUGAAAAUGCCCAGACCCCUAAUAUGUAUUUUGCCCCUGCAUAUAAGAAAAACAAGCAAUAGCUGCUAUUUGAUUAAGAGAAUCUACAAAAUAAACUUGACUACCAUCUUAAAAAAAAAAGGAAAAAAUGUGUUAGUAUCAUACUGUCAUGUUUGUUAUUCUGCUUACUAAUUUGCCUUUCCUCCCUUCCACUAUGAUUCAAAAAGCCCUUCAAGGAUAAGGGAUUUUCAUUUAUUGUCUAUAACACAAAAGUCUACUACUACCUAUUGGUCUCUGUUCUGCUGUCAUUGAUGAAUAUUUCUGGGAUCCAGAAUGAUAAGUAAUUACCUCUGCUAGUUAUCCAUUUACCUCUUCAUCCUAGGCUCAUGCUAUUGCUCUCAUGAAAAAAUCUUCAUAGAAAUACUGAAUCAUUGGUGUGUUGAAAAGCAGUGUUUGCAUUAACUAAAAGUUACAUUUGGCUUUAUGAUUACAUUUUAGUUCGUCUGGGUAUCCUGCUUAAAUAUGACUCUUAGGAUAAACCAAAGAAGAAACAAAUACCAUGGAUUUUAAUAUUGGAAAGAAAAACAAACAAAAAAACAAGCCAGAGGUUGCUUAGAGAAAAUGAGUGUUUUACUUAAACUUAGGAGUUUUGUGAUGAUAAUAUCAUGUCAGAUCUUGGGGACAUAGAAACUGUUUCAAAAGUAUAUAUAAGAUUGUGACUAAGAUAUGACUGUAACUAAUUUAGUAUAAUGCUGAUUAAUUAGAAAAUGAAGUAGCAAAUGGUUUAAAAUCAGUUUUUUUUUUCUAGCAAAGGAUUCCAAUCUUGGAUUGGGAUAAUGUUAAAUGGGACUUUGUAACUCUAGGUUAUCAGUUGGUAUCAAUAAAAAGGGAAUUGUUUUUAUGUGAAAAUAUCUUCCCUUAGGGAAUAAACUGUAAUACGGGUAUUGAUGAAGUGAAAAUACACAGAUGUAAGAUAUGUGCAUGUGUGUAUGUAUUUUGAAUACACACAUAAAUGUAUGUGCUCACCUGUAUUGAGACUUGAAGUUUUCUGCUAUUUGUAAGCAGUUUAUGUCUUGGAAAUAAAUCUUUAAAAAAAAGAAAUAUAUCUUAAGGAAAUGAUGAGUUCUGUGCUUUUGAUAAUACUUGGCACAGUGAUUAACUUUUGUAAAAUGUUUUGUACAGGGAACACUUAUUUUAAAAAGAUGACAUUACUUUGAUACUUUUCAUUUGCUUAAUCCUUGAAAAUUAAUGCCAUUUGGAGAAAAUAACUUUUUUUAAUAUGUAGUGUUAUGCUGAUAUGAUACUUUUUCAUAAUAUUAAGUCAGUAUUAAUAAUGUUGAGAAAGCAUUUUGCUCUCAUCUGUAAAAGGGAGUAACACAGGGUUGUUGGGAGAAAAGUACCCUUCAAACUUCAAAGUGCUACAUAAAUAUGAGGUAUUUAAAAUCUCCUUAGGUUUUUGGGUACCAUAUCUAUCAGUGGUACCAUAUCUAUCAGUGUUAAUCUAGCAAAACAGUUAUUUUUCCUGAAAAACAUUUCUUCAGGGGGCAGCUGGGUAGCUCAGUGGAUUAAGAGCCAGUCCUAGAGACGGGAGGUCCUAGGUUCAAAUCUGGCCUCAGCCACUUCCUAGCUGUGUGACCCUGGGCAAGUCACUUGACCCCCAUUGCCUAGCCCUUACCACUCUUCUGCCUUGGAGCCAAUACACAGUAUUGACUCCAAGAUGGAAGGUAAGGGUUUAUUAAAAAAAAAAAAAACAUUUCUUCAACACAGGUUGAAUUAACAUCCAAAAAAGCACAGAAUUUAUAACUGAAGUGACUUCACUGGAGAAGAGAGGGAUUGAGGCUUCAGGGAAGAAGAUAAAAUAAUAUAUUUAAGGAAUUAGUUAUCUAUUCACUCUUUUCUGUAUAGUAGUUCUCAUUAAUGCAAAUAGAAGCUUUAUGAUUCCAUCAAAGAGAAACUAAAGGGGGCAGCUGGGUAGCUUAGUGGAUUGAGAGCCAGGCCUAGAGAUGGGAGUCCUAGGUUCAAAUCUGGCCUCAGACACUUCCCAGCUGUGUGACCCUGGGCAAGUCACUUAACCCCCAUUGCCUAGCCCUUACCACUCUUCUGCCUUGAAGCCAAUACACAGUAUUGACUCCAAGAUGGAAGGUAAGGGUUUAAAAAAAGAGAAAGAGAGAGAGAGAAACUAAAACUUCCUCAAUCAGUUGUUAGAACACUUCAUUGUUUCAAUUAAUUUAAUAAUUUUUACUUUUACUAGCAAAACAUGUUCAAUUGGGACAAUCAUGCUCUGUAGAGCAAUUUUGGGAAAUAUAUAUACAUGGGAUAAAAGAGCUAGUGGAAAUAUACCUGAAUGGAUUACUUGUUUGAAUUUUACCAAACUAAUCUUUACAAAUUAUGGCCAUACCAUGUAAUAACUCAGUAUGUAAAUCAUAAUCACUUAUAAGCAACAGAAGGUUUUGGUAACCUAUCAUAUCAAACUUGAAGUGUCCAUUUACUCUUGCUAACCACAUGGAUGGGAUUUCUAGUAAUACCCAACACGACCUACCUGUCCAAGAAGAUUGUCCUUUCUACUACCCCUUCUUACUAAAAUGGAAUUUCUCAUUGUCUCCAAAGUAUAUAAUAAAGUUUUUACUGAAAUGCUAUCCCCCUUAUAGCAAAAGCAAGGGGUUAAGACCCAUUAGAUAACAUUACAUUUCCUCUUGAUCUUCACAAGAACAGUAUAAUACAAGAAAGAAAGGCAAUCCUAUUUUAUUGAUGAGAAAAAAAAAUUUGGAGAGAGAGAUACAUAGCUAGUCAAUAGCAGACCAGAAACCAGAUAGAUAAUGUAAUGGGACCUAAAUGUAAAGAGAGGAAUAAAUUGAGAAAUUUUUAACUUAAUAUCUUCAUCAAUUUUAAUGAUUAAAUGAAAACAUUUAUUGUGUAAGUGAAGAAAAACUAAAACAGAUUUUAUUAGAAUUAUAAGAAUUUAUAUGUGAAAUAGUAUUUGUAUUAAACUGAUAAGUAUGCCUUAAUUUGAAUCAAUCAAUAAAUAUUAAGCACUUACCAUGUGCUAAGUGCUGAAUGAAAGGAGUGUAUUUUUAAGUCACUAUGAAAUAUGUAAUAAAAUAAAUUCCAGACCCUUUUCAUUGUUAAUGAAACUUAGAAGUAAGUUUUGGUAUAAAUUUUCUUUGUAUUUUGAGCUACUGGGAACACUGAAUAAACCCCUAGAUUUCUUCAGUUCCUCAUGCUUUAAUUCAUUGUAAAUGACCUCUUCAGCAAAAGAUAACAGUCCUGGAAACUACAGAGUCCAGUAAUAAACAUUGUCUCCUAACAGUGAAUUCUGCAAUUUUGUUAUUCGUUGACACUUGAACUUGAAUUUUUAUUUGGUAAAAGAUAACCAGGGGAUUGAUGAAUGUGUUAUAGCUUCAUUACAGUGAUGCUAAAUAAAUACUCAAUCACAUUUAGCAUACCUAGAUUUUAAAUAAUUACAUUGCUGUUUGGUAUAAAUUACUGUGCUAAUACUAUGUAAGCCAAAUUAUGUGUUCUUUGAACAUGUCAUAUAAAGAAAUUGAUGUAUUGGC